AUGCCACUUCUUGACGCAUCUGCCGAAGCUUUGCCCGACAUGUACCUCCAACGAGCCGCUACCAUCCUCGGAAUGACAGCCCAUGUGUUUGUUCGCAUGGAAGGAAACGAGCCUCUUACAUUGAAAUACGACAGUCAUAAUGAUAUACUACCGCCAUCGCUUGAGAUCCCGUGGACAAUAGUUUGCAGACGUCUUGGGCGACCAACCCCGGCUCUCACCUACGUGGACGGGGUGGUAGCCAAUUUUACAUCAACCAGCUUGUCACACAGUGCCGUGACGCUCGAAAACUUGAAUUUGCUUAUUCCAACUAUCGGCACCAAGGAAGAGCACGCAUUCGUUGGUAUUAUGAUUGAAAUAAACGCCAGGACUAUACCGAUUCUCCAUCAAAUAAUAGAGGCACAAAGAUCCGUCUUAGCGAAAGAUUCCUCUUCGCUCAAAGACGCAAUACGAAGUCUCCAUUCACUCUUAAAGCAAAUCACCUUGGCUCUCAGUAAGCUCAAUGCGAACCGAGCACACGAGACUCAUAUUGAUCCCGUCUUAUGGACUCUCACCGUAGGGAAUUUAGGAAUCCCUUGGGUGAAAGAUAUGGUUGGAGCGGCAGGCACAGCACAUCCAUUUUUUCACAUGAUGGAUGAAUUUACCGGACGAUUCGAAUAUCUCACUGGCAUCGGCCAAGAAACGCAAAUUGUCCGAGCCACAUAUCCUAUCCAUUGGCGGCAGUUUCUCGCGGCCAUAAAGGAAGUGUCAGUUACGGAAUACGUUGCUGCGUCCAAGGAUAGGGAAUUAACGGACCUCUGGAAAACCUUUACAUCCUCAUAUCACGGAAAUGAUGGCUUACUUGGAUUCCACCGGCGAAAGGUGUUCGGCUUCCUUGCUGUCUCAUUCAGGAUUGGUCGAAGUACAACCAUCAAUGGUCUUGGUCGCAAGCGCAGGACCGAGCCCUGGUACGAGGUCGAUCAAGAGUUGGAAAAAGCACGCCUGGAACGCAGAUGUGUUGACCCAGACGAACACACUCCGGAUACCAAACCAAGCUCAAAUAAGCUCUUCGUGUCUGAGCUCAUAAAACACAACUCGGAAGAGACCGGUUAUUGGUUCUCGGCCAAGGGGAGUGUAUACGACGCAAGCACAUUUAUGCAAAAGCAUCCAGGAGGGGAUACUGUGAUUGCGUUGUGCAGUGGCCAGGAAAUCACCGACAGUUUGAAGGCAGUCGGUCAUUUGACGAACUCUUCAAUCCGCAAUAAACUGGAAACCUAUCGGAUAGGAGCUCUUGAAAAGCCGAAAUUCGCUUCUUCUCUGACAGAAGAGGUUUACAUGGCCGCCGUUGAGCUUGGUCAAAAGGCAGCCGAGAUGGAAAAUGUGCACCGGAGAAAUUUCCAGUUGUUGAAUGGGAAACUCACCAUGCUGGACGAACCAGAGACUCUCACGCCUAAGAAGGCACGACACCUGCUUGAUGCAAAGAAUAGGCUUCGGGACGAGCAUGUUCCGGUAUUGGCGAUGCUUCUGGAUGUCCUACUCAAUAAUAUCGCUAAGUUGGACAAGAAGCUUGACUUGAGUGUCAGUCGUGCGCAAAUUGUCGGUCUUCUUGCGCCAGAAACAGACUCAGGCACUGCAACCCGCUUCUUGAGUUAUGGAAUGGCACUAGAUACGCUCCAGACAGACUUAGGUCGGUUGACUGAAGUCAAAGACCUUGUUGCGAUGGUGCUUGGAACCUUUGAAGAGCCUGGCUUCACAUAUUCCGGGCAAAGUCAGCUGGAAUCCACAGUGGCCUCCCUGCUCAACAUCACCAUCAUAGCCAUGGCCGCCUCUACCCCGUCCCUGCAGAAAAACCUCGUCUUCCUCUAUACAAUGAUGUUGAUGAAGCCAAACAGCCUAGAAGCAGCAGUCCAAGAUGUCUGGCAGACAAUCAUAGGCUCAUGGUUUUAUCCCUCUGAUGGCUACAAAUGGAGCAUCAAAGCUCCCAUACUCGCCAACAAUAAUCUACCCGAUGGGACUGUCAUCCAAGUUAUUCAAGUGUUUCAGAUACCUGCAGCGACAUUUGAGUGGAUUGAACACCCGAUAUUCAUAGUAUUAUGCAAGCGUCCAUCUAGUGACACUCCAUCACUAGAUUGGGAUGAUACUAUGCAAAGCGAGUUCCUUCAUCGCCUCUCAGAAAAUUCGAAUUCUGGGGGAACGGAAAGACUGUUUGGGGCUCUUGCUAUCGGCAAGAAAGUGAAGUUCUAUCGAUUUGACGGGAAAACGCAACCUAAUCAAAGACUGGCUCAGCUUCACCAGGAUACAAUCGAUUUGGAGAAGGCGAAUGGACCUGCACAAGUCGAGGGUAUGAUGAACUAUAUCAAGAUAAAUGCAUGGCUGUGGGUUACCGGCUAA